AUGCAUCCCUCGAUCGACCGCGACGAGUUGAAUAUCGAUGCCUGCAAACUGGCACGUGUCAACGACUCGGGGUCAGUUGACACGGUCGAGAUCCUAUCAAUCGCUGUCGACAAUGCAUCGGUCGCACUCACUACAUCGCUCGUCAAACACGACGGUACAAACACGGCCGGCUUGCUCGCUUGUCCAACCACAUUUGUUCCGUUUGCAGACGUGUAUAUGUUAUUAUUUCCACCACCAACCUGUAACUGA